AUGUUGCCGAUUAUCGUAAGGUUCAACGGUGACACGGUGAAAGCAAGGCAUCCCAGAACUCCACCCAUAUCAUCGACCUGCACCAUGAACAUCGGAUUCUCACUCGUAAUGCUCGUGUCCGAUUGGUCCGAUAUGUACAACGAGACAGCGCCCUCCGGGAGCAUCGUGAUUGUCGUCCCCGUGUCGAGUAUCGCCCCUCCGUCGCCGUCGUCCCUUAUCUGGAACGUGUCCGCGGACCUAUCGAAAUCGAUCCACCCACCACUUGUUCCACCAAGGCAGCAGCUAAACACGCGGCCCGACUGGCCCACGAGCGAGCCCACCGCGUCGCCCAGGCCGAGGACCCCGUCGACUUCUGCCGCCGCGGUGAGACUGUUGGAUAGGCCACAGCCGACGGACACAUUUUGGACCACCAUGUCGCUGUUGAUCUUGACGUUCUCGAGGGCUAGGACGUCGUUGGUGGUGUCGCACCCGCGCAUGGAAACACUGAGUUGGUCGCAGGCAUUGGGGUUAUCCGAGCUGGAGGUCGCGCAGGGGACUGUGUGGUACGAGCUGGACGCGGCUGGGUCGAACGGCAGGUUGGGCUGA